AUGCUUCAGUCAAUCAUAGACAAACACCUGAACUGCAUUUUUUGGGGGUGUGCUUUAGAGCUUUAUUUCCUGGUGGCCCUAUUGGCGACUGAGGUCUUCCUGCUCGCUGUCAUGGCUUAUGACCGGUAUGUGGCGAUAUGUUUUCCCCUUUGUUACACCCUUAUCAUGAGCGAUAUUCGAUGUGCACAGUUGCUGACUGGGACCUGGGCAGCUGGUUUCCUCAACUCCCUUCUCCACACAAUGACCACCAUCAGCCUGUCUUUCUGCAAGUCGAAUCGAGUUGACCAGUACUACUGUGAUGUCCCUCCAGUGGUGGCCCUGUCUUGUUCUUCCACUUACAUGGCAGAAAUGGUACUUCUAGUGGUUGGAGGUGUCUUCGGUACUAGUGCCUUCCUGAUCACCUUGAUCUCCUAUCUGUACAUCAUCUCCACCAUCCUGAAGAUCCGGUCAGCAGAAGGGAAGCGCAAAGCCUUCUCCACAUGUGCCUCCCAUAUAGUAUAUAUAUUUAUG